CAAGCCCAAGGAAAUAGAUACUGGGCCACUUGUCUUGGAGCAGAAGAAGCUUCAGUGUAUACAAAUUAGAAAAGUCGAUAUAUUUCCUUAGUUUUACUCUUUUUUCCGGUACUUCCAAGUUCGAUAAAUUCCGGCAUCGAUUUGCCCUUGACGGUCUUUCACCGCUGAAUUGUUCGGAAAAAGUUCUUUGUUUGUCAAAAUCUAAUUUUUCAGCGAACCAAUGAGUAGUCGGGGAAGCGGCGGUGGAUACGAUCGUCACAUCACGAUCUUCUCCCCUGAAGGUCGCCUCUACCAAGUUGAGUAUGCAUUUAAGGCAGUUAAAGCUGCCGGAAUAACCUCAAUCGGCGUCCGUGGGAAGGAUUCCGUUUGCGUUGUCACUCAGAAGAAAGUUCCGGAUAAGUUGUUGGAUCAGACUAGUGUUACUCAUUUGUUCCCCAUCACUAAGAACCUCGGGCUUUUAGCUACCGGCAUGACAGCUGAUGCAAGGACCUUGGUUCAGCAAGCCAGGAGUGAGGCCGCCGAAUUUCGUUUUAAAUAUGGUUAUGAGAUGCCCGUGGAAGUGUUGGCAAGAUGGAUUGCAGACAAAUCUCAAGUCUAUACACAACAUGCUUAUAUGAGGCCUCUUGGAGUAGUUGCUAUGGUUCUGGGAAUCGAUUUGGAGUUUGGUCCUCAACUCUUCAAGUGUGAUCCAGCAGGACACUUUUUCGGCCAUAAGGCCACAAGUGCUGGAGCUAAAGAUCAAGAGGCAAUUAAUUUCUUGGAAAAGAAAAUGAAAAAUGACCCUGCCUUUACUUACGAGGAAACUGUACAGGUAAAAAUGCUGAAUGAAACUAGACUUUGCAGAGUGCUUGUGUUUUGAUCUCUUAUCUCUUGAUAAGUCGUGAAACAUUGUGAGUCUGUAGAUGCAACUCAUUAAAUGUUCUUUUUGUCCUGAUUCUCCACAUCUUGGGAAAUAAGAUUGAAUGUGAAUUUGAUGAGGUAGCUGGGCCCCUCAAAGAAUAUACAUAUGAUCAGUACAUAUUUCUUUGUCUCUGGGCUGUAAAACUUGUCAAUGUGUUUUUUUGUCAAAAAAUGCUGCUGUCAUCAUAUAUGGGGUUUGAAACUAGGUAAAGGUAAGGCAAGUUGGUUUAGUCCUGUAUCAUGUGGAUUGAAUAUCAAAAUAAAUUUGCUCACUUAUCGCUGUGUCUUUUUAACCUCUAAGAAUACGUCUUGUUCGUGUCACACUAUCCAAAUUGCAGUCGGUAACAAUUGAAGAUGUUAAAUUCACAUGAUUAAUGUAGAACUUGUUAAGAUCAUUAAUGUUUGUGAGAGAUGUUUGGGGUUUAGUAGUGAGUAGACAUGAAUAAUCUGAUAAUUUUACUUUUUGAUAGCCUUAGAUUAAUUUAGAAUUGCUAGAAUUGCAUGUCUUUGGUUUUGACCUUUGCCAUAGAUACUCACUCUGCUACUGAAAUUUUUUCCUGAUCUUUAGUAUGCUAUAGCUAAUUUUGAUUUUGUAACUGACAUAUCUGCUUCUUUUUUGUAGACGGCAAUUUCUGCUUUGCAAUCUGUUCUUCAAGAGGAUUUCAAGGCCAAUGAGAUUGAGGUAUAUUCUUGUUUUCUUCUUCUAAAUGAUGAGUGUUUGCAAUUGGUUGCCAAAUAUGGGCUGUGCUCUUGUAUUUGUGUGGUAGAGAAUCAAAUAGUUGUGUUAGUGUGGAGGGCCGUUUAGAUCACUUUAAGCCGAUGAGUGGUUUGGCAAGGUUAAAUGAGGCAGGCAGAUAUGGGGGAAGGGGAAGAAGCAGUGUUAGAGGCUUCCAUCGUAACUUAUGAUUGGGCAGUGAUUGUAAUUUGGGAAUUACUUGAG